UUCAGGAUGAAUCUGGAAAAACUCAGCAAACCUGAACUACUGACCCUGUUUAGUAUUCUUGAGGGAGAAUUAGAAGCAAGAGACCUUGUCAUAGAAGCCUUAAAGGCCCAGCACAGGGACACCUUCAUUGAGGAACGCUAUGGCAAGUACAACAUCAGUGACCCCCUGAUGGCUUUGCAGAGGGAUUUUGAGACCCUGAAAGAAGGGAAUCAUGGUGAAAAGCAACCAGUGUGCUCCAAUCCUUUAUCUAUUUUGAAAGUGGUGAUGAAACAUUGCAAGAACAUGCAGGAAAGAAUGUUAUCCCAACUAGCUGCUGCAGAAAGCAGGCACAGAAAGGUGAUCCUGGACCUGGAGGAGGAGAGGCAGCGUCACGCGCAGGACACAGCAGAAGGAGAUGAUGUCACCUACAUGCUGGAGAAGGAACGGGAGCGCCUCACCCAGCAGGUGGAGUUUGAAAAAUCCCAAGUGAAGAAGUUUGAAAAAGAACAGAAGAAGCUGUCAAGCCAGUUGGAGGAGGAGAGGGCACGUCACAAACAACUCUCUUCCAUGCUUGUUGUGGAGUGCAAGAAAGCCACUGCCAAAGCAGCUGAAGAGGGGCAGAAGACAGCAGAAUUGAGCUUGAAAUUGGAGAAAGAGAAGAGUAAGGUGAGCAAACUGGAAGAGGAGCUGGCAGCCAAGAGGAAGAGGGGCUUGCAGAUGGAAGCACAAGUAGAAAAGCAGCUCUCAGAGUUUGACAUUGAAAGAGAACAGCUGAAAGCCAAGCUGAACAGAGAAGAGAACCGUACAAAAGCACUCAAAGAAGAGGUGGAAUGUCUCAAGAAAGCCCUGAAAGAGCUGGAAGCUUCUUGCCAGGAGCACAAUCCCUCUGAGGCACAGCAGCCAAGCCAAGCCCCGGUGAUGUCCAGAGGUGUUGCAACUGACAGUCCCACAGUGAAGUCUGUGUCCUGCCAGACAGAGUGUGUGCAGGCAGAACGAGCACACCCUGCCAGCACCAGCAGAGCUGUCCACACCGUGUUCCCCAGCCCUUCUACACCUCUUCAUUCCUAUGCAAAAUCCAAUGGGCAUUGUGACACAGACCUGCAGGUGGGUGGGGAGGUCCUGCAGACAAAUGCUGCAGAGAGCCAAGUUCCAAAGGAGAAAUCUGCUGGUGCAGCCCCAGAAACCACAGUGGAGAAUGGAAGUUCUCCUGUAAGAACAGAGUCACCAGUGCAUCUGAUGUCCCAACUGCCUUCGAGUGGGGUGUCCCUGUCUCCCAGCAGCACAGCUGCCUCCUCCCUGACCCCUUCCCCCUGCUCCUCACCAGUGCUGACUAAACGCCUGGUGGGAGCCUCUGCCAGCAGCCCUGGGUACCAAUCCUCCUACCAGGUGGGCAUCAACCAGCGCUUCCACGCCGCUCGGCACAAGUUCCAGUCCCAGGCUGAGCAGGACCACCAGUCGAGUGGCCUGCAGAGCCCUCCCUCCAGGGACCUGUCCCCCACUCUGGCAGACAACUCUGCAGCCAAGCAGCUGGCCAGGAACACGGUCACUCAGGUCCUGUCCAGAUUCACCAGCCAGCAGGGACCUAUCAAACCUGUGUCCCCCAACAGUUCACCUUUCGGCACGGACUAUCGCAACCUGGCAAACGCUGUGAGCCCCAAAACUGAGUCUGGUCACUCUCCGAGCCCUGUCAAGGUUUCCAGUCCUCUAAGCCCAUUGUCUCCUGGAAUUAAGUCACCAACCAUUCCUAGAGCAGAAAGAGGGAACCCACCACCCAUUCCUCCAAAGAAACCUGGCCUGGCUCAGUCACCUGCUGCUCCUGCUCCACUCUCCAAAGCCUCUUCCCAGGCAUCUCCUCUGGGUGCCCCCAUGGAUGUGACCAGUAGCUGCUCUAACAAUGCUGUCGUGUCAAAUGGCAAAGACCUCGAGAUCCUCCUGCCAACCAGCAGUUAG